UGUGGUUUGAAACGGAGGGGAAAUGGUUUAUCCUCCGUCCGCAUGAGGCGAUGCAAGCAGGACAUGGCAUGUGCGCCCAGAGAAUAUACGUGCACAGGAUGGAAGCGGUGCAGAGAGUGUGUGGGGGAUCGAGUGCAUGCGAUGAACAGACAGCGAGGCGAGCGACAAAAGGAAGCGCUAUGGACUCGUGUCGUAUGCCUAGGAACGUGUCUCUUCCUAGUUCUAGUGACAUGCCUAUGGAGUGGAAGUAAUCUAGAGGGUCAUGCCGUCCAAAGGACAACUGGAUGGCGGAGCUUCCGCCCAUAUGCGUGACAGCGGCACAGCAACGAUUGGAAUGAAACUCUGUUCUUGUGAAACGCGCAUGCUGUGCCACCUGCCAUAGCACGUGAUAUCAGAUGAUACGUGUCAUUCAACGCUUUGCUCGCGUUCGUUGCCCUCGUCGUUUUCCUUGCACUUGUCGUCGUCACCGUCGUCGUUGUCAUCGUUGGCAUCGUUGUCAUCAUGAAAGUUGUUGCAGACUUUUGUCUCAUUCCAUUGGGUGUGGGCACAUCUCUGACAAAGUAUGUGGCCAUUGUCCAGCAGACCCUCCAGGCCUCUCCCCACAUCAAGUACCUCAUGCACUCGUGUGGCACAAACAUUGAGGGAGAGUGGGACCAUGUCAUGGAGGCCAUUAAAUCCUGCCAUACCUCCCUUCACACUCGCCACGCCGUCCCUCGCAUCCACACGACUGUUCGCAUCGGAACCCGCAUCGACAAGGAUUCGUCCAUUCAGGAAAAAAUCGAUCGAGUCAAGAGUGAACUAGAGUCGUCGUCAUCGUCAUCGUAGCAGAUACACUCUGCCUUUCAGUGCGCUGCAGAGAGUGGACGACAUUGUAUAUUCAGUGCAGUGCAACAUCACUGUUCAAACAACAUCACUGUUCAAAUUGCGUGUAAAAAUUUUGUAAAGCCUCCUUCUUUUCCUCUUGGCUGUUUGCAUCCGCAAAUGCUUGGCACAUGAAUUCACUCCACUGCACGAAAAAGGCUUCAAACGACUCUGACACGGGUGCAACCGCUUCCUUGCCUUCCAAAUCCCCAUAGUAAACAUUUCCAAAUGCCACCUUUGACUUUUUCGAUCCAUUGACCAGGCACACCCAGAACCCCAUCUCCUGUCCGAUAACAUCCAGUUCCUCAUCAUAGUCCAUCUCAAUCCUCACAAGACUUGAUUCGGUCGGGUGAAUAUCACCACCCACCACGGGCAAACCAAAAUCCGCGUCCGGAGACGCCUCCGUGUCGUGCGUCAGUAAAAGAAACUCUGAAAUCCCUGCCGGAAUGCGGACAAGGGGUCUCUUGUCCUCUGGUAUCAAGUCCAGCAAUUCCGAAAAGACCUCUGACAUGUCGUCCGGGUCUCGUACGGCUUUGAUGGAGCCAAACUCGACGGGAAACGCUGAGCGCAACUGAUCCAACGCCGACCGCAAUUGGGUUUGAAUCUCGGCGCGAGCGCUCCGUAUGAAUGCAUCUUGCUGCCCUCUAGGCACGUCCUCGAUCCCUGCAUACUCUACCAACGCCCUCCAGUCCAGUUCAUCCUCAUUGUCGCUCAUUCUUGGCCAAAAUUCAGAUAAAAAAAG